AAACAAAAACACGAUUUUAAACCAAAGAUUUUCAUAUUUUCUAAGGCAUUGCGGGAGAAGUCCAAUAACUAUUUUAAGUCAAAUUCCGGCUGUUCAACGGCUCUAUACUAGUUAAAUGUUAGUAUAAAUUGAUCAAAAUUUCCGUUAUUAUGUCUUACCGGUAUUUGUUGCACAUAGGUUAUAUCGGAACGAAUUUCAGAGGCAUAGCCAAAAAUCAAGUCGCCGGCAAUAGCGAAAUAAAGUCAAGUGUUCAAGGUGCGAUUGAAGCUGGCCUAACUUUAUUACGUCCCCUUAAUAACCCGAAUUUAGUGAUAUCAAGUCGUACCGAUGCCGGCGUUCACGCUCUGAAUUCUACUGUACACGUCGACCUGCACAGCAGGUCUGGAAAUCCAUUUACAGAAUCGUGGAUUACGUUUGUGUUGAACAAAUGUUUUGAUCGACAAAAUCAACAGAUUCGUGUGAACAAAACGGAAAUCGUCCCCGACACCUUCCACGCACGAUUCUCGGCAAAACGGCGAACUUAUUUGUAUCGUCUGGCUGUAGCAAAACGGACGGUCGCAUCGGAUGAGAAAGUCAAUUCGUUUGUGCCUAUCGACGAAAUUGAUCGUUGCUAUUUCGUCCAGGAUCCCAAAUUUGAUACGAAUUUGGCGCACAGAGCAGCUGAACUGAUUAAAGGGACACACGACUUCCGGACGUUCAUGGGAGUAACGCCACAAAAUCGAGUCCAUUCAUUUAGAACCGUUCGCUACAUUGAGUCAAUCGACAUAGAACCCGGAGAAUCCACUGGUAAUAUCUACACUAAAUCACUGGCAGACGAGACUUACAAUUACGUCAACAUUCGAGUAACUGGCCGGUCAUUUUUGAAUCGACAAGUCCGACGAAUAGUUGCAGUUAUUUUAGGCGUGGCACAGAAGCAUGUCACCACUCGCGAAGUAUAUGAAAUGCUAACAAUUCCAUCGAAACAUAAUUGGCCCUCGAGACUUGAAUGUGCACCGGCUCAUGGACUGUAUCUGUGCCAAGUACACUACGACGAUAAAGAUAAAGAAUUUCCAGUCAGUGAGUCGAAUCGUGCAAUCGAUCAAAUCGAUUCCGAAUCCCAACAGUGUAGAAAUGAGCUUCCUCACUGAGUUAACAAAGAAAAAGGGCCAACUGAAGC